AUUCAAGAAAGGCAUCAUAUAAAUGAAGUUAAUAAAGCUAUCACUUUAAGUAAGGCAAUUUGAACCAUAUUCACACUUGGAUGGGGAGAGUUUUUUUUUGUAAUCAUGCUUACAUUCAUUUCUAUUCUAAUUUGCCUUUCUGUUUUAUGCAGGAAACAUCCUUGCUUUUAGGAAAUCCCUCCCCUGGGGGGGGGGAUACUUUUGGAAGGACGGAUUUAAGAUUUCCAACAUCCUUUGAAAUAUAACUGUAGGAUCAGCCGAUUGAAAUAAAUUCUUACUGUCAAAAGCCAGCACUUAGCUGGAGUUUCUGGUUCCAGACAAAGCAGGUGAUCCUAAAAUGAAGACGGACAUGGAAAAGAGUUUGGAAGCCUCAGGGAAGAUCCCACGCAUCGUCCAGGUGAUGUACUUCAAAGACGUCCCAAGGUCAUCUGCAAACCAGCAGCCGGAGCAGAGCUUGCCCCAAGUGUGGGAAGCCCAGUGGCAACAGUUUCUCAACACUGUGCAGCACUCUCACGCGGGGUGGGGCAACCCACAACUGUCUGAAGUGGUGCCGUGGGAUGAUACCCAAGCUUUCCUGGCUGCCUUCGAACAAGUGGCCGAAGCUUGCCGGUGGCCUAGAGAAGAAUGGGUUGGCCACCUCAUGCCGGCACUCAGGGGAGGAAUGGAGCAAGUCUAUUGCCGGCUGGAUCCCAGGGAGAGGGGAGACUACGGAAAGGUGAAGGCCGCUCUCCUGCGUGGUGAUGCCAUGCGGUCGGAAUCCAAGCGGCAGCACUUCCGGCAGUGCAAUUACCAAGAGUUAGAAGGGCCUCGUAGGAUUUACGGUCGACUCCAGGAUCUCUGCCGUCAGUGGCUGAAGCCAGAUCACCACAGCAAGGAGCAGAUCAUGGAGCUAAUUAUCCAGGAGCAGCUGUUAGCCAUGUUGCCUCCAGAAGUCCAGAACUGGGUGCGAGAGUGCGCGCCAAAAGACUGCAUUGAGUUGGUGGCGCUGGCAGAGGACUUUCUGAUGGGCCGUCAUGCAGCCCAGAUGUGGAAAUGGCCGGUGUCUUUGCAGCAGAUUACUGUAAAUUCCCUGGAGGCAGAAGGGCCUCUGGCAGAGGCCGCUGCAAGACAGCACUACACAGGGAUUUGUCAAAACCGCGAAGCUAAUGAAAGAAUGUCCACAAGGAAUGCUGGUUUCAUGAUUCCUCCUGACAGACAUGAAAUGCCGGGAGUUAGUCGGUCUGAGGGUCGUGCGAAUUUGAAGGAUAGGAGUGGGGCUUUGGAGAGGAACGACUGGGCCAUGGUGAGCCCUGAUCAGAAGCCCUUGCACUGGGAGGUGGCCCAAGGGAACUGUGGGAACUGCAACAGUUCAGAAGAACUCUUGGUUCCCACGCCAGACCUCCUGUCUCAGCCUAACCAAGAAGGAGGUGUCUUCUAUAUUACUGAGACAGGGCAAACUGUUACAACUUUUCUUCCAGAGAGCAGACCUCUGGGCGAGAUCAAAGUAGAAAAUUACGAGGAUGCGUACUCGGAGGCGGAAGACUCGUAUGAGGCGUUAACAGAAGACUCCUCGGAGAUUGUUCCAUCAAGCCCCAAGGUGGGUGAAGAGAGUCCCAGGAGGAAGCUGCGCCCAAGAGAGCCUCAAGAGGGGAAGCAGGCGAAAUCUGUACCGCAAGGACCCUCUAAGAAGCUUCGCAAGAAAGGAGGCGCACUGGCCACAUCCAAAAAGCAGAAGGAGAGAAAACACAAGUGUGCGGUGUGUGGCCAUUGCACAUAUUACUUGUCAGACCUGCUGAGGCACAUGAAUACCCACAGUGGGAAAAGGCCCUUCCGGUGCUCAGACUGCGGGACGACUUUCUCGAAGCUCACCUCUUUCGAGGCUCACCAGAAGAUCCACGUGCCCGCCAGCAGGCUCAGACCUUUGAGGAAAGCCUUAAACUGUCCAGGAAAAGGGAGCAAGGCCAGUAGUGCUGUAAGUGAGAAGAGGACGACCACGUCAUCCACCCCUGCGAAGAGUCUGGACAUCCAUGCAGGAGGAGGACCUCACACGUGCCAUGAUUGCUCCAAAUCCUUCAUUUGGGUGUCAAGCCUCUUUCGGCACUGGAGGCAGGGUGACUGCCAAAGGAACCAAACGAGGCAGGUCAAGCGUAAAGCUGUUGAAGAGAUCAAACCGCAUUCUCGUCGGGAAAGGCCUGCAUCAAAAUGCAGGCUUGUCUCUUUAUUAGAAAAAUCCCCAGAAAUCCGUUCACAGACGGCCUUUGCCUCCUCCCGGCUGCGUCCAAGGAAACCUCAAGAGGUCAUCCCAGAGCCAUCGGAGGCAAAAUGUUCAGAGGUUCAAGACAGAAGGAAGUACGAGUGCCUAGAAUGCGGGCGAAGAUAUACCAAGAUAGCAGUCCUCGAUCAGCACAUGAGGAUCCAUACAGGCGAGAAACCCUUUGCGUGCCCGAAAUGUGACAGGACUUUCAGAUGGUCAUCGAACUUCCGAGCGCACCGGCGAAAAUGUUGCACAAAGAGACCUGCUCCCCAAACCCCUCUUGCAGAAAAUCAGGCAACGAACACAGAUGAUGAGCAGCCGUGUAAAGUGAAGCAGGAAGAGAUCAAAUCGGAAGAUGAAUUUGGGAUGUGGGUUAACAGACUUCUCCGGUAGCUUUCGUGUCCUCCCGGCGCCGAGGCUUUGUCGGAGCAGCCUAAUGAUCUUCAAGAUGGGGGACUGGAGGAGUCUGACCCACCUGGCAGGGAGACCUCUUCCACGACAAGACCAGAGGGCUAUUCAAAAAGGAAGAAAUACCCAUGCCUGGAAUGCGGACUCAAGUUCGAAACGUUAUCGGACAUGUUUGACCACAACAGCGUCCACACUGGAGAGAAACUCUACGAAUGCCACGAUUGUGGGGAAACGUUCCGAUGGGCUUUGAAGCUUUCUGAGCACCAGAAAACUCACAAGGGCGGCCAAAAGGAGCCCGCUGCUAGCCCCAUUCUGGCAGAAUGUGAUGUAAUAUUGGAAGAUGAAGAAGAGUUGAUCCACACCGUCGAGAGGAGUUUUAAGAAGGAAGGAACCAACUCAAGUACCUUGCUGAGGACAUUGUCAGAAGAUGCUGCCUCUGGGAACACGGAGUAUUUCAAGGCCAGGGCUGCCACAAAGCUGCACCCAAGGCUGCGUGGGAGGGGGCGGCAGGGCAUAUCUGCUCAGUAUCUGAAAACAGCUGCGGUUGCAAAGAAAAGCGUGUUCAGCCAAAAAGAAAGAAAACAAAAGUGCGUAACGUGAGCGGGCACAGAACCUUUUACUUUGUCUUUCGAUUUAUCUCGGCACAUCAUUACGAGCAAGCACACAAAGGACCAUCCCUUCAAGUGUCUUGAGUGUGGCAAAGCCUACACACAAAAGUCAGCCCUCAUUUUUCACCAGAGAAGUCACUUGUCUGUCACUGGUUCCAGCAGUAGGAAAAGCCUUGUGAAGAGAGGUCCCAGAAGCAGGAAGAGAAUACACAAAUUAGCAGGCCUUGUUAAGCCAGCCCAAAGCCUCCCAGACGAGAAACCCUUCAAAUGCAACGAGUGUGGCCUGGGCUUUAGAUGGGGCUCAAACCUCUCCAGGCACCGGAAAAUACACUAUCGAGAUAGAAAAAACUCGCUUGCAGGGAAUCAAAGGAUGCAUGCAGGCCACAGUAAGCCAAACAAGGUGGUGCUAGAGAAUUCUUCACAGGUAAAAGCCACUCUAAAGAGAACGGGUGGUACAUCAAUGGAAAUAACCCGAGGGGUUGCUUCUGUGACGGUCGUGAUGAACGACGGAGGGUGGAAGUCCAAGAACCAUCCCAAUAAGCAACUGGCGGAGGGUAACCUAGUGGUGAAGGAAGCCGUACCAGCAGGAAAAUUCUUGCAUUCAAAAAGUAGGGCACCGCAUCACUACAAAUCUGGAUUUGCGACACACCAGAAGUCCCUUUCAAAAAACCUUUAUCAGUGCAGCGUGUGCAGCAAGACCUUUUCGAUAAAAAGUCAGUUCGUUGAUCACGGAAACACCCACACAGGAGCAAAACCGUACAAAUGUGAUGAAUGUGGGAAAUGCUUUGGUUGGAAGGAUAAGUGGCGCCAGCAUAUGCGGAUGCACGCCGGAGUGAAACCCUACCAGUGCCCUGAGUGCAAGAAACACUUCUUUCGGAAAGACAACUUGAUGAUCCACCUGCAGUCUCACAGCUCCUCCUAUUUGUACAAAUGCUUGCAGUGUGGCAAGAAGUUCAGCGACAGGGAUCAGCUGUUCAGACACCAGAGAGUCCAUAUGGGACAAAAACCUUACGAGUGCGAGGAAUGUGGUCAGGGUUUUAGCCGGAAAGAUAGUUGGAUUAAACACCAGCAACAGCAUGCCGGGGAGAAGUGAUAUGAGCGAGCAGAGGCCUGAGUAAAUUUACAGAGGUGUUUGCAUGUGUUGUAAUAAUGGCCUCUGUCCCGUUCACUUCUUAACUUGUGUACUUUCCCUAACUUAGGUGGGCGCUCUUGUAUUCUACAGUUAACCAGCACUUCAGUAGUGCUGCCUGCUCUGUUCUCUGGUAAACUCUUCUGCCAACAGCCCAUAAUCUCACUUGUCCCUAAAUCUUGUGAGCUAAUAGGGUUGGGGGUGUGGGUUUCCACUUGUGAGGAAUUGGAGUAUUUCUGAAGAUUCUGUACCACUUUAGCAAUGGCUCCCUUAGCAGAAGCCAAUAAUUGUUAAUUGAUAGGGAGAAAAUGAACACUGCAUUUGACAUUUACCUCAGUUUCUUCACUACCCCCUUACUGGGAGGCCGUUUGCACGUACACAUAUGGUUCCUUGUGCGUAUCCUUUAGUUCGAAUUCCAGCAUGCCCUAAGACUUUUUCCGAAUCUGGCUUCCUCUUAACAGGGUUCUUCCAUCAGGAGGAACAUUCCUUCGACACUGGAGAAUUCAUAGUUAGGGAGAAGCCCUGUUAAUGGUCAGAGUGGGGCCCUUUGUCCGAUCUCAGAAGAGAAGUUAUGGCUCAGGAAAGAUGCUUAUGGACAGCAACCCACAACAGACCAGAGGAUCCAUAUGGGAGGAAAAGCUUAGGGAUCACGAUAGGGCACUGCCACAUGGACUCUUCCCAUAGAACACAAUGCUCUCCCUGCCCCAAAUCAGGGAGAAAGCUCCGGCACACCUAGUUAACAUUGGUAUGAAUGUCUGAUCUCUUUGUGCCACUAGAUGAAAUGGCAAAAUCGGGAGUAGAAUGGUUAUGAGUAUUUCAUUGACCCCGUUUGUGUGCACUUCCAAUGAAAGAUGGUAAAACCCGGCCACGCAGCCUUCAAGUAUAUACGGCUGGAAGGUAUUCAGCAUUCAUUUUCUUUGAGAAGGGGAUUAUGGAGACAGCAGGAAACCAUUUCUCCACCCUUUCUGCAGCACUCUCAGGUUCAGGAGCCUUGUUAAGCAGUCUCGCUAGUUACCAGCAUCUUUGACUGUCUUCCUUACAUGCUUGUGUUCUUCAAACUUCAGUAGGCAUAAAGGUAGGAUACCUGUUCUCCCACACUGAAAAAAAUUACUGGCUUGAGUUUCUGAAGGAUUUCACAACCAGAAUCAGCAGGCUGUUGCAGGUUUUCUGGGCCGCAUGUCUGUGAUCUAGUGUUUUUUGCUCCUGACGUUUCGCCCGCAUCUGUGGCUGGCAACUUCAGAGGCAUGUCACGGUAAGGUCUGUUUGGAAACAUAGCUCGCCGGGACAUACCUCUGAACAUGCCACCCGUAGCUGCGGGCGAAACGUUGAAAGGAAAAACUACCAGACCACGACCACGCAGCCUGGAAAGCCCACCACAGCCAAAUUACUGGCUCACUUUGCAAAAUGCUGUCAGUAACAAAAACAGAGCAGGAAACUAUUUCCCUGCCUUGAAACUCUUCCAUGUACUCGGAACUUGACUAACUUCAGUGGUUUUUGACCUUCCUUAUAUACUUCCCUUUUUCCUUUUAUUGGGGUUUUUUUUUUAAUCAUGUACUGUGAGCCUGCUGAUUUUUUUCUUUUAGAUGUUUGUGACUGUAGUAUGUUUUAGAUGCGGUUAGAAAUAUUCAGGGAUGGUGGGAAAAGCUUUUGCCUGAGUAAUUCCUGUGUCUCGUGGUUCGGUGGAAGGCACAGGAUUGGGGCCAGAUGAGAAGCUAUAUAUAGUUCUUAGAAGACUGAGGUGUACACGCUACGGUUAAUUUUUUUUUUUUUUUACAUGUUGAGCCACACAAAUCCGUUGUAAUCAAAUCUGGCAUGUUUGGUUUAGUUUAAUAAAUUGGUGUUUUACAA